AUGGACCGCCGCCGCACCCCCGGCCUCUCCUCCCUCUCCACCUCACGCCUACAAUCGCACCACUACACCACACACGGCGCCACCCUGCGCGCCCGCUCCGCCCAAUCCCUCGAAACCCAACUCUCCGUCUUCCAAUCCCUCCUCCACAACUUCGCCCUCACCCACUCCAAAGACAUCCGCGCGAACCCCGCCUUCCGCGCAGAAUUCGCGCGCAUGUGCACGGCGCUCAAUAUCGAUUUCCUCGCGUCGUCGUACCACAAGGAUGGGUCUGCGAAGGGGAGCACCGGGGCGGCAGCAGCGGCAGGUGCGGGCGGGGAGAGUAUAUGGGCGCAGUUGCUCGGGGGGUCGGUGAAUGAUUUCUACUUCAACCUGGGGGUUUUGAUUGUUGAGGAAUGUCGGGCCACGCGCGCGGAAAAUGGGGGUUUGAUUUCCCUCGCAGAUCUGCGUCUGCGCAUCGCAAAGUCACAGCGCAUAGGCGGCAGCAUGGAGGUUAGCGACGACGACGUGACGCGUGCGGUAUCGUCGCUCGCGCCUCUGGGGUCGUGUUUUAGUAUUAUGAAGAUUGGGCAUCGCAGCUUGAUACGCAGUGUGCCCAAGGAGCUGAAUACCGAUCAGAGUACCGUGCUGGAGGCGAUACAGGUCCUGGGCUAUGUCACCGUGUCCAUGUUGCAGUUGAAUUUGGCGUGGGAGAGGCCGAGAGCACAUGCCGUUGUUGAGGAUCUCAUGGCGGAUAGUCUGGUGUGGGUCGAUGUGCAGGCUGGGGAGAAUGAGUACUGGAGUCCUGCUUUUAUCAGUGCGGCGGGGGGUGGCACUUGA